AUGAGCUCGUGUGAGCAAGCCGAAGAAAACAUCAGUGAUAGUGAGGUGGCCCAUUAUUACAAACCAGCCCAACAUCCUGCUAAGGAACUUUUUGGGUUGGCAGCUCUACUUUAUGAAGGUGGCAGAAGAAAUGAUGGGUUGAAAGCAGCAGAUAUUGUUCCUAUUCUCAGAGAAAGAGUUGCAUACCUUUCAGGUGGCCGGGAUAAACGAGGAGGCCCUAUUCUUACAUUCCCUUCACAUACACAUCCUGAAAGGUUAAAAUAUGAGGACCUGCGAAGAUUGAUGACUUAUCUUGCCAGUGUACCAAGUGAUGAUGUGCGUGAUAGAGGAUUUACUAUUAUUCUUGACAUGAGGGGCUCCACAUGGCAAACAGUAAAACCAAUACUGAAAGCUUUGCAGGAUUGCUUUCCUGGUAAUAUCCACAUGGCAAUUAUUAUAAAACCUGAAAAGUUUUGGGAGAAACAAAGGACUAGUUUAGGGAGUGCUAAAUAUAAUUUUGAAACUAAUAUGCUAUCUGUUGAUAACCUUGUAAAAUUCAUCGAAUCAUCUCAGCUGACAAGAGAAUUUGAUGGUACUCUUGACUACGACCAUGAACAAUGGAUUCAGCUCCGACUGAUGCUGGAAGAAUUUAUCUGGAAAGCCUUAGACCUUCUAGAUAAACUCGAUGAGUUGGCGGAAAUCCUAACAUGUCCGGAGUUACCUGAUGAUUUGAGUGGUGCCCAAAUCCAGUUGGAGCACCAUAACCAGCUGAAGAAGAGAGUAACCAAAGCGCCAGUUGAACAAUUGACAAUGGAAGGACAUCACAUACUCAAAAGAAUCACUGGGGAAGAUGAUACAUUAUCUGGUUCUGGCCGUAAACUUUUUGUGGUCUCUGGAAAUGCAGAUUUUCAGAGUGCUGUGCCCCAAAUCUCCCAUCUUCUGGACAAUCUCCAGUCGAAUAAGCAGUACCUAAACCAGUUGUGGCUUAGCAAGAAAGUUCGUCUUGAACAGUGUCUACAGCUGCGAGUAUUUGAAAGUGAUGCCGAAAAGAUGUUUGAAUGGAUUUCCCACAAUCGUGAUAUGUUUCUAAUUAACUAUACGGAAAUCGGUCCGACUCAUCAAAUGGCAUUAGAUUUGGAUCAAGAACACAGCCAGUUUGCUGCCAGUGCUAUGGACAUGUACAUGAACAUUAACCGCAUCUUAAGUGUUGCUCAGCGGCUGUGUGAUACUGGUCAUUAUGGUGCCAAUGAAAUUCGCCAACAGGCCAGUAAACUGGAGCGUGACUGGAAAACUUUAGCAGCAGCAGUUGAUGAUCGUAGUACUGUCCUUAGUAUGUCAGUGAUUUUUCAUAAGCGAGCAGAACAGUAUCUUGCCCAAGUAAAUGACUGGAGACUAGCCUGUGAGAGUCCCCAGAUUCCAUCAUCCAUCAAAGAACUGGAGGAAGCAUUACAACAACAUCAAACACUUAUUGAAACCAUCAGUCAAGCAUAUGCUGAAGUAUGUGCUGAUGGCAAGGCUUUGUUGGAUACUUUACAAACUCCAGUCACAUCAAGCAGCAACAAUUCUAUUACAGCAAAAGCAGAUUAUUCUGAAGCUGCUGGACAUGUUCUGGAUGUUAUUCAUGAUGUUCUUGCUCAUCAACGGCGUCUGGAACACUUAUGGCAUAAUAAAAAAGUAAAGUUACAUCAGCGACUUGGGCUGAGACUGUUUCAGCAAGAUGUCAAACAGGUGAUUGAUUGGCUUGACAAUCAUGGAGAUGUUUUUCUUAGAAAGAAUACAUCUAUUGGAAAAACAUUACAAAGAGCCAAAGCUUUGCAAAAGAGCCAUGAACAUUUUGAAUCGGUUGGCCAGAAUACCAUUACAAAUGCUGACAAGCUAUUAGCAGCUGCUGAUGAAUUGGCCCAAACUGGUGAAUGCGAUCCGAAAGAGAUCUAUAGUGAAGCACAAGAACUUGAAGAACGUAUGCAUGACUUUAUCACAGCUUUGGAGAGGAGGAGGGCUAUCCUGGAUAUGACAGUCUCAUUCUAUACACAUGUUCAUGAGUUAACAUCGUGGCUUGAAGAAUUGCAACAAGAAUUACAAAGCUCUGAUAUUGCAGACUCAGUAGAAGGAGCUGAGCAUUUAGUUGCUCAGUUCAAUGAACAAAGGGAGACAACCAUUGAGGCAGCUAUAAGUACGGUCAGUGAAGGCGAAAGCUUGCUGGAACAAAUAAGACUUCAGCGGCUUGUUGGCUGCAGCCAAUGUUGUCAUUUGCGCCACCAGCGAAUUGAUGUCUCCUCCACCAUGCACAAAGGUGGCUUUGGGAUGGAUCCAGAAAAAGUCAGCCAAAAUUCGGAUUAUUCCCAUAUAGAAGGUGAGUUUUGUUUUAUUUUUGUCUUCUUUUUGUUGUCAAAAUUUUGUUUCUAUUAA